UCAAGUAAAUAUUGUUCGAUAUCUUUCAAAGACUUAACAUUAGGUUUUGCCUUUUACAUAUCUUAUGUUAGUGAAUGUAAAACGUUAUUUAAUAAAGAAAUUGCUACAACAUGCAAUUUCAAUAAUAAAGCAUUUCAUUUCCAAUAUAACAUUAUUUUAGAAUUUACCUAUAAGUGGAAUAGCAAAAUGGAUACUUUUGGACAUCCUUUAAAACUCGCAGUUACUUUAUGUUGUCUUAGUACCGUAUUUAUACUAGUGAGAAGCACGUGUACCACGGAUAAAAGAGGCUUCACACAGACCUAUGCAAGCCUUACUGAGGUACACUACUUGAUGUUUCGAGACUGCGUCGCGGCGUCCCAUAUAAACUUGAGCUUCAACGCCAUUCAGGAAAUCAACAACGAAUCCUUCUCUAUACUGUGGAAUGUUGAGAACUUGGAUCUCAGUCAUAAUCAAAUUCCGGAAAUCCCUCCGUCAAUUUUCUAUUCAAUGAGAAGCUUGACAUAUUUGAACGUUUCUCAUAAUAACUUGACUACGUUACCGCUGGACUUUUUCGGAAAUAAACCAAAUCUGAAAAAAGUGGAUCUGUCUUCGAACUUUAUAACACAUAUCUCACUUCACGUGUUCACAAAAUAUAACCUUCCCUCGAUCAAGGAAGUUGACCUCAGUUUCAACUUGCUAACGUCAUUCGAGCCCUGGGCGUUCGCGAAUACCUUGACGCCUAUCCGCGUGUUGAACCUGACCCACAACAUCAUCUCCACGUUCACCAACAACGACAACUGGAACUACACCUCUAGAAGUGUUUACGACUUGGCCAGUACGGAUCUUCGCUGGAACCAGCUGGUCACUUGGCAUGACAGGUACCUAAUGCAGUACAAAACCGGGCCGGGAACCAUAGAGGCGGCGCUGGUAGAGCUCCUCACAGACUUUCGCGAAAACCCCAUACACUGUGACUGCAAUUUCUACAACGUGAACGUCGUUGUCGGCCAGUCAUUUUACAAAUACAGCGAUAAUCCGUACCUGAAGUUGAAGUGUCAUUCCCCGCCUGAACUUGCUGGUAAACAUAUAUUUAUUGACGUAUUAGAGAGGGAUUUGGUCUGCAAUAUAACCGACAAUUGUCCAUCUGGUUGUUUGUGCCAGGAACAACCCGCUGAAAAUAGGUUUUACGUUGACUGUCGCAAUUUGCAUUUGAGGGAAAUGCCUAACACUCUACCGGAGACAACUUAUGACAAAUAUGUUUUACGUUUAGAUCACAAUGAAAUUACAGAGUUUAAGAAUGUAAGCUACCUGAGUAAAGUCGUUGAAAUAACAAUGGCUAAUAAUUCUUUGGCCGCGCUACCCGAGUAUGCCAUGGCAACAAUUGCAAAGGAUGACGACGCUGAUGUUGACUUCAGGAAUAAUCAGAUUCGAACAAUUCCAGUUAGUACACAGAACAUCAAGUUCGAGAACGCCUUGUUUGAUGGAAACAAUCUUGAAUGUUCUUGCGACAUGCUGUGGAUGGUCGAUUGGAUCAACCUGGCGCCCAACCACGCUGAUAAAAGCUUAAGCUGCACGUUCGAGGGUAAGGUACACACGAUUUCGGAGUUGGACAGAGGGACGCUAAAAUGUGAUGACCAUAGCAUCAUAAUCAUCAUAGUCAUUCUCUCUGUAGCGUUAGUCAUUGUGAUCGGAUUGUUAAUCACCGCCAAACGGUGUCCGUACGAGACAAAAGUUCUCCUGUACAAGAUGUUACGAAUCCACCCAUCUGACAAGUAUUUGGUUGACAAAAUCACCGACAUGCAGUACGAUAUGUACGUGUCCUUCGAUAGCAACGACAUUCACGUCAGGCAAUGGGUGAAGAAAAUAUUAUUCAAGAAGUUAGAAAAUGAGAAGCCGUUAUACCGUCUCUGCACUCCGAUCAGAGACGGACAAGCGGGUUCUGAGGCGGAAAGUCGGAUAGAUCUAAUAGACAAAAGUAGAAGACUUUUGAUUAUCUUAAGUAGAAACUACGAACAUCAUCGCUGGAAUGAUUACGACUUGUGUCACGCAGAGAGGCUGGAGCAGAACGAAGGAAGGGUGAUGUUUAUUGUGUAUGAUGAGGAAUCUAUGAAAAAAUCUACGGAAGAACCAUUAUGUUCCAAACUUAAGGAGAGAAAAGUGUUCAAUGUCAACGAUAAGAUGCUGUGGUCAAAGUUACGAUAUGAACUCCCUGUGAAACCAUGCAAAAAGACUCCAACAAAAACUGCACGGGAGCGACACCAAGAUAAGUUUGACCAAGAUAUGUACCAGGUUUAGAAUUAAACAUGAUUUCGAUAAAUAAAAAUAGCCGCUUCUAAGUUAUCAGACAGUAUUACAAGGACAUUCGAAAAAUUGCAUAUCCAGUACAAUAACUGACCAUAAAAGCACCCCCAAUGUUAAUUUUAUAUUCAUAAUGACCCCAUUUUUAUGUUUUUGUGCAGAAGGAAUAUAAACAAAGCCCGAACAUAUUACAAACCAAAUGUUUUUUCGCCUAUAUGAUUAUAAAGUACAUUCGAACCGCGUUGGCUUGAACUCCCAGGGACCGGCAAAACCACCUCGAGCCUCGGGAUAUUCGAACUGAUUGGGAAUGCUUACCUUCAGUUUAUAGAAAUCGGUCCUUUACAUCCAGUUCGAGCCAACGAGGAAUACGAGCCAUGCGUGUUCGAGCCAACGGGGGUCGAUUGUAUGUAAUUAGACGUCUGAUUUUAGUUGAAAAAAUAGCAAAAAAUACAAACUUCAAUUCUUCUAUGUACGAGUAUAUUGUACUUUUUGUCAUUUAUUUAAACAUAAAUAAUCAGCAAGCGAACACCUUUCAAAUAAUAUCAGAGUUAUAUGGGGUCAGCAUGUAUCAAAAUGUAACAUAAAGUUUAAUGGCGCUUUCAGAGAACUAGCUUAUUUGUGGAUCGGAUUCCUUAAAGAUGCGCUCUUACUCCCAAAUAAGAUUUUAAUUCAAUUGUUUUAUAUACCAAAAAAGGAUGAAAACAAUGAUUCCUAUGAAGGAUACCGAUUCCAAUUUGAAAGAUAGGUGCAGAAAACACGGUAUUUCUUCCAUUAUGAGACCAUAGUAGAUCACAGUAAAUCUUUUAGGACCCACUAGUCAUUUAAUAUUUUUACGUUUUUUGCUAUUAAUUACACCGCCACAAUCUUGUUAUCAGUUUUGUUUCAUAAAUGCAUUGUUUAGUAAGUAGUUACUGGUUUAUCACUCAAAAUUUAUGUUUGUUAUACAUGUGUGUGUAUAGAUUUUGAAUAAGAGUGUCACUUUAAGCAAUAACAUGUAGAUGGCAUUAUAUUUGUUAACUUUUUAUACUUUAUAUUAAUUUUAUUUCAUUGCGUGCAUGUGUAUAUUUUGUCAAGAAUGUAAACAACCUAAAUGCAAAUGUGUUGUGUGUUUCAAAAUGAUAUGUUUUUGUGAUAUUGCAAACAGUUUUAUAUGCAUUUGAUAUAUUAAUUAACAUAAUAAAUCAAUUUAUAAUU